AAAGUGCAUCAUCAUGUCUAGACCUGUCACGUCAGAGUCCUGCCUCUGUGUGGGUGGAGGAGCAAGGUGACAUUUCGGCUAGGGAUAAAAGCACUUCGAAUUUUCUAAAUUUUUAGGACGAGACAGCAAAAUGUUGGCUGCUCUAGUGAUGAUGCUGCUUGUAUCUGACGUUCAAGCAACAACAAUAGAAGCCCACACUUACGAACACAAAGACCCACACACUGGACAGUUACUCACGUGCACUCGCUGUCCACCUGGGACGCAUAUGAGCGCGCACUGCACACCAACUCGAGACACCGUGUGCACGCCGUGUCCAGAGGAGCACUUUACGCAGUACUGGAACUUUAUACCGAAAUGUCUGUACUGCAGCGUUUUCUGUGUGGAAAACCAGCACGUGAAAGAGGAAUGCACGCCAAAAAACAACAGAGUCUGUGAAUGUAACGAUGGCUACUAUCGGCACGCUGACUUCUGCAUCCAGCACUCCGAGUGUCCGUCUGGACACGGCGUCCAGAAGAAAGGUACCGUUCACAGCGAUACGAAAUGCGCGAAGUGUCCGCAAGGCACGUUUUCAGGAGUGACUUCCUCCAGCGAGCCUUGCAUAAAUCACACUGAUUGUGCGUCAGCGGAUCAUUUUGUGGUGCUGAAUGGAACCAAUUGGCAUGACAACAUAUGCUCCACGUGCCAGGAACUAAACAGUGACGGUGGUCUUAGCUUACUGAAAGAUUUCCUGCUGCGCUUCUUUGCUCAUCAGAAAAUGCGGCUCUCCAAACUGAAGAAGAUUGUGAGACAUCUGUUCCAGAGGCGGGAAAGGCAAAGCAUUCAUUCUUCAAAAAAAAACCUUUUACUUAAUUUCAUUUCAGAAUGGAUUAAAGAUGCCAGUAUAGACCAGCUGAAGAAAUUGCCUAUGUUACUUAAGUCAAAGGACAUGCACCAUCCAGCAAAAAAACUCUCCAAAAUAUUUAAAAAGUUAGAUAUCUCAAAGUGUGAUAUAAAUAAUCCACAAUAGUAUUGAAUUUAUUAGAUUUUUUAAGGAUUUUGUACUUUAGGCCAGUAAACCUCUCGCAAAAUGCAUUAAACUAUGUUACUGUUGUUUGUUAUAAGUUUAUUAUAUUUUAUUUUAUUUUAUUUUGCUACUCUUGACAGAAUGAGGGAGAAAUUAUCAUUUUUCGUUGAGGAUUUUUCAUGCAUUUUAAAUGUUAAUUAAGCCAUCUGUUAAAUGUGCUUUAAUUUUUGGCAGAACAAUAAAGUUAAAAAACUUG